CUGAAGAUCCAGUGAGAGUCGACUUAGUUACUUACCAACCACUGUGCAGUAACCGAUUUUAACUUAUGAGCAAGCAAGAAAGUUAAACUGACAUCAAACCACUGUGGUCGUUAUUUUUCUUACUACUUUUUUUAUAUAAGAAAAUGUUUUUCUAUGUUAUUACAUCAUAACCAGCACUUGUAUUAAUUUAUUAUAGAUUACUAUUUUCUUGUAAUAUUUAAUUCGGAAUUCUUUAUGUUUUCUAUAUUCUUGUAAAUUAUUGCAUUUAUUAUUUACCUCUGGAAACAAAAUACUCGAUAAUUUGGAAAGAAGCAACGCUGUUCUUGUUUUUUCUCAAGAGAAGAAUCGUUUUGUUUUCCGAUUAGAUAUAUCUGCUUUGUUGGAGAUUUUCUGAAACAUGAAGCAUUUGAAAUUUGUGCUGGUAAUGGCAAUCGCGGUGAACGUAUGGGAAUGCAGCGACGCAAAAUUUGGGGAGAAAGGCGAAAUUAGUCCAAGGAGGAGGAGAUGUUACGAUGGAAGCCUACCGAAGCGCCUUAAAAAGAGAGACCGAAAACUGUCACUGGACAGCAGCGUGGAGGUUUGUCACAGGUUGUACCCCCGUGUGUCCUGCUGUCCCAACAAGAGGGCUGCCUAUCAGAUUCUUCACCGGCGGGAUGCCAGGAUAUUCUCUACCAACAACACUGAGUGUGCGAAGCUCCUGGAGGAGAUCAAAUGCGCUCGCUGCUCGCCUCACGCCCAGGUGCUCUUCCACUCGCCCGACAAUGACAAAGGGCCUCGCAGGGAACCCGACCUGCCCCGACUGUGCCACGACUACUGUAGGAACUUCUAUUACACCUGCAGAGGACACAUACCAGAACUGUUCCAGGCUGACGUGGAUGAGUUCUGCCAGUACUAUGGGAGGAGAGAGAGUGGGCUUUGCUUCCCAGACUUUCACAGAAAGCAAACGCGCGGGCCAGUCUCCAACUACCUAGACCUGGACGAGUAUGAAAAGAUAGAGGACAUGAACAGAAAACACAAGCACAACUGCUACUGCGCCCAAGAGGUGGUGUCGGGCCUGAGGCAGCCUGUGGAGGUGGUGAACUGUGGAGAUGGGUCCCAGCGACUCUUCAUCCUGGAGAAGGAGGGCUUUGUCAAGAUCCUCACCCACAACAUGUUGCUCAUCAAGGAGCCUUUUCUUGACCUCCACAAGCUGGUUCAGAGUGGGAUAAAGGGAGGAGAUGAAAGAGGCCUUUUAAGCCUCGCAUUCCAUCCCAAUUACAAGAAAAAUGGAAAGCUGUACGUCUCCUAUACCACCAACCAGGAGCGAUGGGCUAUUGGACCGCACGACCACAUUCUUCGAGUGGUGGAGUACACCGUCUCCAGGAAAAACCCAAACCAGGCAGACGUGCGGACCCAGAGGGUGCUGAUGGAGGUGGCGGAGCUGCACAGGAAGCACCUGGGCGGGCAGCUCCUGUUCGGGCCCGACGGCCUGCUGCACGUCUUCCUGGGCGACGGCAUGAUCACGCUGGACGACAUGGAGGAGAUGGACGGGCUGAGUGACUUCACGGGGGCUGUGCUGAGGGUGGAUGUGGACACGGACUGCUGCACCGGCCCUUACUCCAUCCCCCUAAACAACCCCUACUUCAACAGCACCAACCAGCCCCCGGAACUGUACGCCCAUGGGCUGCAUGACCCAGGCAGGUGUGCAGUGGAUAGGCAUUAUAUGGACGCAAACAGGAGUGUGGUAAUACUCUGCACGGACUCAGUCAGCAGAAACUCCACCACAGGAAGAGUACUGCAGAUUAUGAAGGGGAAGGACUAUGAACACGAGGCGGCCAUCUUUGAUCUGAAGUCCACCAGCAGUGCAGCUCCGGUGGGUGGCUUCAUCUACAGAGGCUGCCAGUCCAGAAGGCUCUACGGCAGUUAUGUGUUCGGGGACCGGGCUGGGAACCUGCGCAUCCUCCAGCCGCCUCCCGUGGGUGUGCCCGGCGGGGCUUGGCAGGAGAAAGCCCUGUGUCUGGGCAGCAGCGCCUCCUGUGGCAGCUCUCUGACAGGACACAUCCUGGGAUUUGGAGAGGAUGAGCUCGGUGAAGUGUACAUUUUAGCCACGAGUAAAAGCAUGGUCCAGUCUCACAGUGGAAAGCUCUACAAGCUGGUGGACCCCAAAAGGCCCCUGGUCCCUAAGGAGUGCCAGCGGUUGGUGGAGGCCCCGGAGCUCCUGGCCACGGCCUGCUCACGGCAGUGCAAGAACGGCCACUGCACCCCCUCGGGCAGGUGCUGCUGCAACCCAGGCUGGGACGGGCCCUUCUGCAGAGUGGCGAAAUGCGAGCCCCCCUGCCGUCACGGAGGAGUGUGCAUCGAGCCCAACAAGUGCUACUGCAAGAUCGGAUACUCGGGGGAGCACUGCGAGAAGGGCGAAGGAGGAGUGACGCUGGAGGCACGAGACGGGAUCCUGGACCAGAUCAUAGACAUGACGUCCUACCUGCUGGACCUGACCAGCUACAUCGUAUAGGCAGAGACCGGCCUCCGCAUUUCCUGAAGAGACCUCAGGACCCCGGCUCUGUCAAUCCACCGUUAGACCAUUUCCUGUCCACCUCCACCACCACUUCCUGUAUGUUCUCUUGCCAAUAAGCUACGCUCUCUUUUUCUUAGAAUGAACUUCCCAAAAAAAACAAACAAACCGCAGAAAGCAGCGAGAAGAUUGAAGUCUCCUUUUCAAGUUUUCUACUCGAAAAAAAAAGAAUGGGAUGCUUUGGAGUUGCAGAUUAAGUGAGCUCCUUUGUGUUUGGGAGGCAUUCUAACAACCGGUUGGCAUAUCUGUGCCAACUCCGUAGCCGAGAAUGGCUCUUUCUGGUAGUACCUCCUCCCGGGAAUUGUGGGAGCUCUCUUCCCCUUGCCUUCCUCAGUGUGGGUCCAUAGACUGGCAGUGGAAAAGAAAGUGCCCCCUCACAUCGAGAUCCUUCUGAGGCCUCGUGAACUACACCUUACACACAUCGAUAGAAAAAAAUGUUUCUAAAAAAAGAUCUUUACAAAGUUAUUCAGAAAGAAAGCUAAUGUUCCAACGUAAGCCGUCUGGACUGGAAUUCCUGUACGUCCCUCACCGGGGUUCCUGGGUGUCCUGUGGCUUGCGGCUCAUGCCAGAAAUAGUGACGUUACCGGUGGAAACGCCAACACAGGAUGGCCCGUCAAGAACUGCAGAAGCCUGUUUGGUUUCCUUCCGGAAAAGACAGGUUUUCACGGGAGACGUAGAUACCUAUUAGGAUCGGCCUUCUGGACCGAGCCAGGUACAGGAAUAGAAGGUUUCCCAAAUGUCAAUAUCAGAACACUGCCACUACAUGGGAGAGAGGGGAGAGCGGCCAUUUUGUUCAUUUUCAUUUCUUAAUCUGCUUUGUCGUUUGCUUUAAGGCAACUUUAGCUCAACACUUUGUGUUGGGUUGGUGAAGUGAAUGGAUUUACAAGGGCUCAUAACCAAUGCCUUUUUUAAAUUGAAUACAGUUAAUGAGGGAAAAUUAAGUGUUUGGAGAUUUUCAUAUAAAAAUGAUUUGGCUACUGUGUGAUUUAAGCAACAUUACAGAAGACAUUGGACACAACUCACAACAGUCAUGGCAGAUGAAUCUUUUUAGAGAUUAGUGGUUAAAACAAAAUUAUAUUGUACUGCUGCCUUGUACCUAUGUACUGUUCUAGAAUAAUUAUAUGGCAAACAAAGGAGACAAAGUAGAUUUUUCUUACAAAACUUCAUUCGAUUAAAAUUUGGAGGUAAAAUGCUUCACAAGAAAUAUUUAUACAGCAUUUAAGUAGAGAUGCUUUCUUUUUUGGUACUGUUAGAUCCCUUCUCUUUCUACUACUUGUAGUUUCCGACUGCUGGUCAUUUUUUUAUAAAAAUGUCUAAAUUUCA